AUAAACGUUAUCUCUAUUUUUGUCUUACAAGACUUGAUUUCCCUCGUCCAUUUAAAGCAAUUAAAUUGUAACAAUACUAUGACGCCAAGUUCGGUGUUUGUGAGGGAUUUGAGGGUUUGAAUAUCUUGAAUUCACAUGUACACCGGGGAAGUCGGCAGUUGACAGCACCGUGAAGUGUUUGCACGUCUACUUCACAGUUGGGUGAUGACUGUGCAUAACCUGUACAUAUUCGACCGAAAUGGAAAGUGCCUGUAUUACAACGAGUGGAACCGAAAGAAGCAAGCUGGUAUCUCAAAGGAGGAGGAGUACAAGCUGAUGUACGGCAUGCUGUUCUCCAUCCGCUCCUUCGUUAGUAAAAUGUCUCCUUUGGACUCGAAGGAGGGCUUCCAGUCCUUCCAGACCAGCCGCUAUCGUCUUCACUACUUCGAGACCCCCAGUGGACUCAAAUUUGUCAUGAACACAGAUCUUUCCGUGAGCAACGCCCGGGAUGCGCUGCAGCACAUCUACAGCAAUCUGUAUGUGGAGAACAUCGUCAAGAACCCGACGUGCAUUCUGGGUAACUCGUUGGACAGUGAUCUCUUCAGCACACGACUGGACACCUUCAUCAGAGCUCUGCCAUAUUACAACCCACGCACCACUUGACACGUUUUUUUUUCUUCUCAUUUUGAUGGUUUUGAAGGAGCUGGUUAUUUCAGUUAAACAUAAAAGUGGUGCAAUACUCACAUGAGCUUGGGGUGUUUUAUUUAAAAAAGCAAAAAUACCAAAGUUUGAGACUUCUCCUGCUUCAUCCAUUCUUACAUCCUGUAUAAUUUUUCACAGAUCACGCUGUCAUCCAUUUAAAUGUUUCAAUUUUGUUGUGAACAACGACAAUAAAGGUAUCCUAUUUUAUUCAUA